CGUGGACUGAGGAAACCGAGGGUACGGAGAGCAUCCCCACCCCCUUCCUCCUUACUGGCCGCGAAUCGGGAGUUUUGCGACGAAAAGAGUGGAUUGUCGACCUCGAGAGACCGGUGUGUACCAGGUUAGGAGCCUGCUAGGACGGGUCUCGUACACUCUUCCUGAGAUCAGCCGAUGCGAGGCGAGACGAAAACGAGACGAGGGAAAAACCGGAGCCAGUGAAGUGUGUAAUCGCGUGCAGUGCGCGUUUCUCGGUUUUUUCCGCGCGAGUGUGGGUGUGAUGCCGUCGCGAGAAUCACGGUUAGCCUGACGACCGGCCAGAAUCGAGAUUCAAUCACCUGGUGUCACGAGGCCAGGUUUGUUCCUCGAUGACUCUGGUGAACUCGGAGAGGACAUUGUGCGAUUUCGUGUGACCGUGGGACCAGUGUGUGGUGCAACAGGUCCAGUGUGUUCCGGGACAGUGUCCGGGACUAAGGAACAGGAAGAGACGGUAGCGACGGGCCCGCCGGCCGAGGCGUGCGCCCCAGGAGGCGUCGGCGGCGCCGGCAAUCGAAGGGGAACGGUUUUGGGCCCGGCGGUGAAGCUCGAAGCCGUCAAAGUGGCUUCGUCACUGGGCCUCCAGGGGCCAUCAGCGCCGAUCGGGGCCCAACUACUCACUGGUGGUUCGGAGGAUGCACCGGCCGUCUAUCACGCGAAUCUGCUAGCCAGCAGCAACGCGUCCGUGCUCCAGCAGCCCGUUCUAGCGAGCCUGAACACGCCGGCACUGGCCAGCAUGCAGGCCUCUGCGGAGGCCAACUCGCUGGACAUUCAGGCCAUGCAAUCCAUGGACUGGCUGUUCAAGAAGGAGCGUAUAUACCUGCUCGCCCAGUUCUGGCAACAGAGGGCGUCAUUAGCGGAGAAGGAAGUUUCCGCGUUAAAGGAGCAACUUGCCGCGGCAAAUGACGGGAAUUCGAAGACUGAGGGACAUCAAUUGUCUCAGACACCACAGGGAAGCGAACAGCAGCAGGUACACGAUGCAAGCAACCCCAGGAGAACGCCGAACACCAACCUGGAACAGGAACUGCAAGCGAAGGACAAAGAGAUCAGCCAGCUGGUCGAGGAAGUGUCCAGGUUACAACAGAGCCUGCAGCGUCUCCAAGAGACUAGCGCACAGGCAACAGCGCGACUCGAAGAAGAACUCGAGGCACGCAGACAGCACAUCAGCAGACUAGAGAGUAAACUGGAGCGACAGAGGGACUAUGACGACCUAAAGCGCGAAAUUAACGCGCUGAGGUCCGUCGACCUCUCGCAGAUUCCAACCGGCGAACCUGGCAAAAGCUUGGAGCACCUUCUGAUGGAACGCUCGAAGGCGCUUCAGCAAACCGAGAGCUUCAAGCCAUCCAAUACUCCGGACGCGCUUGGUGGACUAUCGUCACCCCUGCAGCGCGCCUCGACCGCCUCGCCCCACGGGGUCGGGGGUGUACCUCCUUCGUCCCACGUGUCCUCCCAGCAACCACCGCCGCCGCCCCCAGCAGCAGUUUCCCUCCCACCGCGUUCCACUCCGACACCGUCUUCGGCCACCUCGACGACGUCCAGUCUCCUCUUCCCACCUCCUCUCCAGAACGUCGAAACCUUCGGCUCCUUCCUCGGCGAAGAGAUCGUCGCCAACUGGAGGCGGACGUUGGAGAGGUCCAUCAUGAAUCAGCAGCAACAGCAACAACAACAGCAGCAACAACAACAGCAGCAGCAGCAGCAGCAGCAGCAACAGCAGCAGCAACAACAUCAACAACAACAACAUCAACACCAACAGCAACAGCAACAACUUCAUCAGCCGACGUCGCUCGGUCAAUUGUCGCAGCAACAGCUGCAAGCACAGCCGCUGAUCGGUCUGCAUCCUCCGUCUACCACCGGUAACAUAAAUCACCUUCCAUCGCCGACGGAUCCAUCUUCCAGUUCGAACACACCGGCGAAAUCGAAUACCCCGUUAGGAACCACUCCACUGAGUUGCCUCGAUGCGACCGAGAAGGCUCCAACGCCGGUGUCGGGCCACGAAACGCCCGCGCCGCCUACGCCGUCAUCUACCACCGCGUUAACGUCACCACCGAGCUUUCAACCGCCCACGACGAUAAUCGAAACGAUCGCUUCCUCGGCUUCCAUCAACGGCGGCAGCAUCGUGCCCGCCAUACCGACAGCACCACCACCAAAGAGUCCCGCGGACCAGGAUUCCUGUCACAACAACAACAACAGCCACCACCUGGCCAACAACAACAUAGGGGGCCUGAGUGUGUUGGACACCCUAAAGAGUCCGUUUCGUUUCGACGACAGGACGCAUCCGUUCAGAUUCGGCGACGAGUACGGCGCCGCUGGUAUGGCCGGUCGGUUAGGGGAAUCCCUGAUCCCGAAGGGCGACCCCAUGGAGGCCAGGCUCCAAGAGAUGCUACGAUACAACAUGGACAAAUACGCCUCGCAGAAUCUGGACACGCUGCACAUAGCCAGGAGGGUCAGAGAACUGCUGUCGAUACACAACAUCGGUCAAAGACUGUUUGCCAAGUACGUACUUGGACUGAGCCAAGGAACCGUCAGCGAACUGCUGAGUAAACCGAAGCCGUGGGACAAACUGACGGAAAAAGGUCGCGACAGCUACAGGAAGAUGCAUGGCUGGGCUUGCGACGACAACGCUGUACUGCUGUUGAAAUCCCUGAUACCCAAGAAAGAGUAUGUUUCAGGCAAGGAGCAGGGAAUGCCAGCGUUCGCGCGCGGACCACAGGAAGGUGGUCCGCCGGAAAUGAGUGACGAAAGGUUGGCGCAUAUCCUAUCGGAAUCUGGCCAUCUACAGAUGAGAGGCGAGCACGAGAUCUCGAACGACGCAGACAGCAAAAGUCCGAGCAGAAUCGGUUGUCCGAGUCCGUUUAACAAGGACAGGCUCGACAGUCAGAACAGGAGACUGAAGAAAUACGAAAACGAUGACAUUCCGCAGGAAAAGGUAGUAAGGAUUUAUCAAGAGGAAUUGGCGAAACUGAUGGGAAGAAGAGUCGACGAUCUCCGUGGUCCGCGAGAAUUCUCUUCUAGUGCGAUGUUUCCGCACUUUUUCAGUGGUGCUCAAGGCGGCCUGCAAGGCAUGGAGCGUACGCAGGACGACAUUCGAUUGGCGCUGGACGCGUACCAUCGCGAGCUGCAGAAGCUAAACACGACACCUGGUCAGAACCCUACGUUGACUGGACUUCCAGGAUUGCCGGGUCUCCCUGGUCUCCUGGCGCUUCAGCAGCAGGCUCUUCAGCAACACCAUUUGGCCACGAACGGUGGUGGCGUUCAGGACUUGAGCCUAGGAAAAGUGGAUCCUAGGAACAAAAUGAUAAACGGUGUAUCCGAGGAGGAGAAAGAAAAAAUGGAGGAAGCGAUGAGACACGCCGGUAGCGCUUUCUCGUUGGUCAGGCCGAAACAGGAAACCACCGCGCCGCAAUCCACCCCGAGCGGAUCCAGCGCGAGUUCGCCGCUUGGAAACUCGAUUCUUCCGCCGGCGAUGACGCCCAGCGAGGAAUUCUCUGGUGCGGCGGCAGCCAGUCCCCUCCAAAGGAUGGCUUCUAUCACGAAUAGUCUGAUCAGUCAACCGUCCACGCCUACGCAUCAUUCGGCCAACCAGAGACCCCUGAAAGCAGUACUUCCUCCCAUCACGCAGCAACAAUUCGACAUGUACAAUAACCUAAACACCGAGGACAUUGUGAAGAGAGUGAAGGAACAAUUGUCUCAGUAUUCCAUUUCCCAACGUCUUUUCGGUGAAUCCGUGCUGGGUCUUUCUCAGGGAUCCGUCUCCGACCUCCUGGCGCGGCCAAAGCCCUGGCACAUGCUCACGCAAAAAGGCCGCGAGCCAUUCAUCAGGAUGAAGAUGUUCCUCGAGGACGACAACGCCGUGCACAAGCUGGUAGCCAGCCAGUACAAGAUCGCACCGGAAAAACUGAUGAGGACCGGCGGCUACGGUGGCCUGCCUCGUAAGUUUAACUCAGCUUGUGGAACGCCGAUGAAGCCUAUGCCUCCAACGAAACUGGUUCAGGAACAGCUUCAGAACGCCGCGAAGGCACAGGCCGCAGCGCAGGCAGCCGCUCAGGCGGUCGCCCAACAUCAGCAAGAAAACCAAAUACAACUCGGACCGCCUCAGCAGAGUCCUCAGCUUCCUCAGCACCCUCAACCGCCUCCACCGAUGAUGUUAACACCCCCGGGUCCCCUUCAUCCUCACACGCAGCUCAGUAUGCAAGAGCUGCAAAAGAAGCAACAGCAACAACAGCAGCAACAAAUGAAUCUUCACUCGCCGCACCAUCAGAUGACUCCGUCGCCUCUUCGCGGUCUUCAUCCGCAUAUCUCGCCCAGCGUGUACGAAAUGGCCGCGCUGACGCAGGACCUCGACACCCAAACAAUCACGACGAAGAUCAAAGAGGCGCUGCUGGCGAACAACAUCGGACAGAAGAUCUUCGGCGAGGCUGUGCUCGGUUUGUCGCAAGGAUCCGUCAGCGAGCUGCUGAGCAAACCGAAACCGUGGCACAUGCUCAGUAUAAAGGGUCGGGAGCCGUUCAUCAGGAUGCAACUGUGGCUGUCGGACGCGCACAACGUCGAUCGGUUACAGGCGCUGAAGAACGAACGAAGAGAGGCGAACAAAAGACGACGCAGCAGCGGACCAGGCCACGAUAACAGCUCGGACACGUCGAGCAACGACACGGCGGAGUUCUAUCACGCGGCUUCGCCCGGUCCGGGGCCAGCAUCCGCCAAGAAACAACGAGUCCUCUUCUCCGAGGAGCAGAAGGAAGCCUUGAGGCUCGCUUUCGCUCUCGAUCCGUACCCUAACGUGGCCACCAUCGAGUUUCUCGCCAGCGAAUUGGCGCUAUCCUCGAGAACGAUAACCAACUGGUUUCACAAUCAUCGGAUGAGACUGAAGCAGCAAACGCCGCACGGCCAGCCAGAACCCCAAUCUCCAAGGGAACCCGGCCAGCCGUUCGACCCAGUUCAGUUUAGAUUGCUGUUGAACCAAAGACUACUGGAGAUCCAAAAAGAGAGACUGGGCUUGGGCAACGUGCCUCUGCCCUACUCGCCGUAUUUCAACCCCAACUUGGCCGCGUUGGUGGGGAACGCGCUGAAGGAGCAGUGUUCCGGUCUAGAUUUGUCGAUGAGCUCGCUGAAGAGGGAACCGAACCAGGAGUUCGAGGACGAGGACGCGGAGGACGCGAUGAGCAACCUUGGCAGCGAAGACUCCGAGGGUUCGGCGGGUAGUAUAAAGAGGGAACCGGCGGAGACACCCACCGCGCCAGCCACGGUCAGAUCGAAUAGACGGAAACCUGCCGCUCCGCAGUGGGUGAACCCAGAGUGGCAGGAACCGGUUAGAACGGGCGACGAGGUGAUCAUAAACGGCGUUUGCGUGAUGCAAACGGACGAUUACGGUGUGAAGAGAGAAGCGGAGGAGACGAUCAGGGUGGAACCGACCCCAGUGCAGGACAGAUACGAGGAGGACGCGCAAAGCGACGUAUCGUCCGUCUCCGGAAACAACGGCCAGGACCGAGACAGCCCUCUACCUAGUCCGAAAUCUGGACAGAACAGUCCAGUGACGUCGCCGAGGCCGCCCUCAACGCAGCAAACGCAACCGUCUACGGAAGAAAGUCCCAAGGAGAACGUAGUGAAACACGAGCCAGAAGAAACGUGGGAUUAUUAAAAGGAUCGUGUGGUCGCGAGACCGCAUUGGACAAAUAUUCGAACGGGUGAGGAUCGAAGUGGACGACGUUUAAACAUGCCAAAAUGACGCUGCGGAAGUUACGGUCACAAUUUAGCCGACGACUACGGCCUAGUUAAGUUCUUAAAGAGGAAACCAGUCAUAGGAUUCGGUCAGGUCUGAUUGGCCGAGUCCUGCCUACUACGAGGGCAUUAUCAUAGGAUGGCGAAUACAAAGUAGGAUACGUGAACAAAAAAAAGACACGCAGAUGUGCAUGAACCUUUGAUCUGGCGCGCAAAGGCUACCGGCAGGGAGGCUGCUAUCGAGGAAGAUGGAGCUCAAUCAAAAGAACUGUUUUCGUAACGUUUUAAUCGAUACGGAACGGAAUAGUGUGUUGGGUGUGCACGGUUACUACAGCGGAUUUGUAUUGUUAGAAGACUGUAAUGCGACGAGAUAGCUCGGGGGGUAAUGAGGGAGGGAGAGGCGAUCGUCGCACAUUCGCUCGAAAUCCGAAGAAACCCUGGCCGCUUCCGUUUUCGAGCGGACCCUGAGGGAUGUUUCAAGGUAGGAAAAAGAAAGUGGAGAAAGUAAGAACCGAACGGGAAAACGGAAAGGGUCCGGGUUCGUCAGAGUGCAAUCUACGAAUAACCAGUUGUUAGAUCAAAUUAUUAUUAAUUUUAUCUAAUUACGCGCCAAGAUGAGCGAUUAAUAAUUAUUGCAUAAUUGUGAUUCAUGUUAUAUUGUUUAUACACUUCUCCUAUCCCCAUAGUUGUUAAGCUGUUAAUGUUACUACACUCCGCUCUCCGAUUACGUACCUUUUUAUCUGUUCGGUUAAAGCGCGGUCGUUUAUUCGCAACGGGGAAAAAAAAACAAAAAUACGAAACAAGUUAGAAACGUAAAACGUCCUCUCGCUCUUCGUCCUGCGUCCUGCUUGCCCUGGGCGAUGUUUUCCAUGAACAGGCAACGAGAUCGCCUAGAAUCGGCUGUUAUCAAAUUUUCGUUAAGUCGUUGGGAGAUACGUAGUUUCCGUUUUGGUGUUUCCGAAUUGGCAAGCGGGCCAGGACCGAGCAAAAAUCUGUCCCAGGGCUUGGGUAGGUUCCGAAAGUAAUUGUUUCAAACCGUUAUAUACAAGUUCUGGUGUAGAAGCUGUUGCGAAGAACUUUUGUUCGAAAUGACUGUUACGAAGAACCUAAAAGCCGAAUUAUGUUGGUUUAUGAUACAGGUUUAUGAUAUAGGUUCCGAAACAGUUCUGAAUCUGUACAGUCUAAAUAUAUCUCAUAAAUAUCUUGAAAAGAUAAUCAACGUCCGAUCUGACUGUUCAGAAGUCAUUUACAUUAUAUAGAUUCAGAAUCUAAAAAAUAUAGGAGCUAUACGAGAGCCGAUGCAAGGAACCGAUACAGUCCGAAAUUUAGGUUCUUUGUAACGAUCGUUUGGAGUAAAAAUUCUUCGUAUCUGUUUUAAGAACCUAAACCUAUAUUAUAACAAUUGUCAAGCCCUGAUCUGUCCACUUCUGAGUAGUCUUUGUUUUUUUUUUUUUUUCUAUUCCCGCAUAGAGAAAGCUAGUUAU